AGACGUCAGACAGAAUAAUUUCAAAAUAUAGGAGGUGGUAAAAUAAUUUGUUGAUGAUUGUAUUGUGAAAUAAAUUGGUGGAUAUAAUUUUGAUAAAAAGUGUAAGAAAUAAACUUUAUUGUCGUUUCUUUGUUUACAGCAACACAAGAGUUUAUUUCCAACACUCCUGAAGAAUUAAGAUAAGAUCUUAUAAAACGACAAUCUUGUUUUAAUGAAAAAUGGAGAAACUUCAAUUUAAAUUUACAUUAUUGCCCGGAAGUGAUGGAAAGUCAAAUGUGUAUUCUAUAACCUCAAUAACCACUAAGGACAACAAAGUGUAUGCAAUACCUGAGGAGUUUCAGGCGGUUGGCCAUCACAAAGAAAUCAUUAAAACCUCUGCAUAUAAUAAAGUGAAGAAUAGCUUAAAAAAAAGGUUCCAAACAAGAAGAGUCUGGAUAACAAUGACACAAGAAUUGGCUGGAAUUUAUUUAGAUGAAGACGGAAACGUGCAAUUUGGAGAUCAAUUUUUAGAAGAAAUAAUAGAAGAAGAAGUGGCGCAGAAGAACGAGUCAGGUACACUAGAAAAAUUAUUUGAAAAGUUUAUAGAAACCACGCAAGCAAAUAGGCAGCAAAGUUUAAAAUCAAUUGCAGAAAAAUUUGUAUUAGAAAAAUUUACUAGUAAAAAUGCCAACGCAAAUCUGUGGAUUGACAUUUUUGAAAAAGAAUGUUUGCGAUGUGAGGUAACAUCGGAUGAAAAAAAAAUUGAAAUACUCAGAUUGUUUUUGGAUAAGACCUGCGCUGACUGGUAUAGUUCUAUGAUUAUGAAAUUGUCAUUCAAAUCUGAAUGGUCUAUAUGGAAAAGCAAAUUUUGUGAGACAUUCGCCAAUAAGGGAUGGAACCCAGUCACUUACGCACUGUUUUUUAAAUACAAAGAUGGUUCUUUACUAGAAUACGCUAUAAAAAAGGAAAAACUUCUGCUGGAGAUGAGACCAUCAAUUGAUACAGGUACUUUGACAGAUCUUAUUGCAGCGGGAUUACCAGAAUUCAUUUUAAACAAAAUAGACCGAGAAAUUCUAAAAGAUACAAUGGAUUUAUUUAAUGAGCUGAAUAAGCAUGAACACUCGAUGAAUAAAAGAAAUUUUGUGGCCAAGAGAAAUUAUGGAAAUCAGAAGUCUUAUGUUAAAACCGAAACAAAAAUUCCAUGCAAAAUAUGUGAAAAAUUAAAUAAGGGCUCGCGUUAUCAUUCUGAAAAUUUAUGCUGGUUUAAAGAAAAAGAAGAGGAAAAAAUUAAGAAAAAUUCCAUUAGGCAUGUCAAUAAUUCAGUAAUUGAAGCAGAAUUAAACGAGGCUGAUCAAAAAAACUAAUAGUAACACCAUUGAUAACUGUCAAACUAAUUAUAAAUGAUAAAUUACAAAUAAACGGAGUCUAUGACUCAGGCUCUAAUGUCUCUUUGAUAAAUUCAAAAUUAUUGAAGUUAAAAAAGAACGAGAACAAUACUUAUACAAAUGAAGCAAAUUUAAUAACAAUUAAUGGUGUUCAAAAGACAAGUGGUUUGACAAGCUUAAAAGUAAAGAUUUUUGGAUUAGAAAAACAAGUUGAUGUGUACAUUAUUGAUGGAAAAAAUUUUAAGUAUGACUUUUUAAUUGGAUUAGAUUUAAUAAAAAUAUUUAAACUUAUUCAAACUGAAGACUUAGAAAUUAUACAGAAAAGGUAUCCAAAUAAUGAUAAAGUCGAUAAAGUAGAAGAAUUUAGUACAACUUUUAAUUACACAUCAGGAAAAGAAAAAGAAAACAGUAGUAUCUUAAAAAAAUACGAAAUAAAUUUCAAUGAACAUGUAAAUGAAGAAGACUUUGAAAUGAAAAUAAAUCAUUUAGAUGAAGAUAAAAAGGAAAAUAUAAAUAAGUUGAUAAAUGAAUACAAAUCUGUCUUUGCAAAAGAUAAAUACGAUGUUGGUACUGUUAAUGGGUAUGAAGCGAGAAUAGACUUAUCAGUGGAAAAAUACUGCAGUAAAAGGCCUUAUAAAUGCA